AUGAAAGAUUCAACAUUAUCUCCUAAUGAUACAGUCUCUAAUAUCUCAACACCAAGUGAAAUUAGAUUAGAAAUAGUUGUCCAAACAGCAGAAGAAAUAUCAUCAGUAAUAAUGAACAUCUUAGAAAAAUAUUUUAUUAAGAAAAAAAUAUUUACACUUACUAUGAACAACACUACUACAAAUAAAUCUCUUCUCAGACUAUUUGAAAAUGCCAUGUUAGUUCUUUCUGAAGAACAAUCAAACUCAAUCUCUGAAGCAAAAAAAAUUAUUUCAUAUGGAACAAAAUAUUCAACUGCUGUUGAAGCUGGUAAAAUUUCUGAAGCUAUUGAAACUGUUAAAAUUAACAAUAUUUUUGCAGAUAGUUUCUCAUUUCCUAGAAGAAGAAUAUCAAAUAAGCAAAAUUAUCCGAAUACAAUUGAAGCUAAAUUAGAAUUAUAUAAGAUUGAGCCCCUUGAAGAAAUCUGA